AUGGCGACAAAGGUCUACAGAGAAGCCCAUCUAAGCAUUGUGGAUCUACUCUCUUCCUACAGCAUCCUCUCAUCUCUUGCACCUUGGCUCUCGAAACUUGACUUGCACAACCUCAGCCUGACAAGCCGAUCAGCUUACGCAUUUAUACACUCUUCAGAAACCAUAUUCAACUUCUUCACUCGACAGUCUCUCUGUGAUGGACGCGGGCUUGCGGUUCGUCAAGCCUUCAAGGGUGUAUAUCACCAAAAUCCCAUGCCCGGUCGAUGGGAUAUCAACCCUCACCUUUCAGGCGACGAAGAAAUCGAGGUGCAUCUUUAUAAUGUAAGGUGCGACGAAACCGAAGCGCUUCCGUGUAUAAAAUGUGGCAUCAACGUAUGCGAAGAAUGUCGAUGCUAUCCACGCGCCGCUCCUCCAACCGCUCGUCCUAAUCGUCGACCGCACUUGAGAGGACGUUUUGAGCUGGACAACAUCAUGUGUUUAUGUGAGGGAUGCGACAACAAGACGGAAGAGGAAAUAAGAGGCAAAUUCGCCAAUCAGCGAUGUGAUUGCGAUAUCUAUACCAGAUGGAUAUGCGUGCGAUGUGAAGAUAAAGAACGGAAGUCGACAAAAAAGUACUUUGCAGAAAGAACACGGAUGGAGUGGGAUUGGAUCGUUCGAUAUGAUGUUGACUUUGGAGAUGAUUGCGAGCCCUCCAAGACACUGCACGAUCAUGUUUUUGAGCGAGCUUUCUGGUGUACCUGCGGCAGAACAGUACCACACAGGACAGUCCCGCGAUGCAUCUGGUGCAGAAGACGACAUUUGCCAGAAACUGAAUGGUACCAGGAGAGGCUAGAGAUUGGAUCGAAACAUCCAUUCUUUGACGACAACCCAAAUUACCCGCGAUGGGUGAGCGACGAGAACAACAAAUACCCCAGCCCAUACCCCAGACUCGGCUACCAGAGUGAAAACAAUAGAGGUGGUGAGAUUCGGAGCGAAUGA